ACACCGUUUAUACGGCGGUUUCUAGCCUCUGGGUAGUAGAGACUCACGGCGUUACUAUGACAACGGCUAUAAACACGAUUCAGCGCGGUGUGUGACCGUAAACAUGUUCAAGUCUACAAGCUGAAGAAGUGAAUCCCCUGUUCAUUCAUUAACGUUUGCUAGCGUGUUGGUGGUAUGAUUAAACGAACCGGUUCGUUUGAACGUUGAAUCGUUUCGUUCUUACGUCGUAAAAGCUUGAUCAACGAGGUAAGACAGAAGAAGAAUGUCGGACUCUGAUGAACGCGAGGUGUUAAAAGCAGAGACCGAGGAAGAGGAUGAAGAAGGACAGGGAGAGAGAAGUGAUACUGAAAGAAAAGAAAAGGAUAUUUCAGAACAAGACGAUCAGGUAACCCGAAUUUACGGCCAACAAAUAACUAUUCGUAUCACUCACGAACUAAAGCCCUGUCCGCUAACCCAGGACAUGAUGGGGAAAAGCUUGUCCUUAUUGUGUCGCACAGGAAACGGUCUCUCUCAUGCAUAUGUCAGACUUGACCUUAAAAACAAGGGUCUGACAGACCUGGCCUUGCUCAGCUCCUUCAUCCAUCUGCGCUACUUGGACAUUUCCUCAAAUCAUUUAUCAGACCUCUCGCCAUUGGCUGAUCUCACCCAGCUGCUGUGGGUGAAAGCAGAUGGCAACCUGCUUCAGAGGUCUGAGGGUCAGCCGUUUGGCAAGCUCACUUACCUACAGUGGCUUAGCCUGGCCAACAACCGCCUGUUGGAUGUUAAAGGCCUCGGAGGUCCAGCACUGGAAACCCUCAAUCUCACUGGUAAUGGUAUCCAGAGCAUGCGGGGCAUGGAAUAUCACAGUCUGACCAAUUUGGUGACUCUCGAUCUAAAAGAAAAUUGCUUGGAAACUACAGAUGGCAUUUACCUCCCCAAUUUACGCCAUUUGUAUCUGGCUCAAAACAAUAUAAAGCGGUUGGAGGGUUUGGAGAGACUCCAUCGUCUCAACAGUCUUCACCUCAGAGAUAACCAGCUGGAAACACUAGAUGGACUCAGUCCCAACAUGAAAUGUCUCCAAUAUCUUAAUGUUAGGGGGAACCUUAUAUCUUCUAUGAGGGCUUUGCGAACUCUAGUUAAUGUGGGGCAAACACUGCAGACCCUUGUGCUCUCGGACAACCCUUUAGCAAAGACUGACGAUUACAGGCUGUAUGUGAUCUCACAUCUCUCCCAGCUGGAGAGACUGGACAAGGAUCCCAUCACAGCCGGAGAGAAGUCUGAGGCCCAAGAGAAGGAUUUUGAAGAUGAAUAUGCCGACGAUCAAGAGGACAACUGAACAGGCUGUGCUACAUUGAAUAUACUUUUAUAUAGUUUUAUAUUCAGUAAAGUCUACAAUCAUAAAA